CUCGCCCACCCAGAGCGCGCCGCCGUCUAUGGCGCACCCGCACCCGACGCGCUCUCCUGGCGUGCUCGUCUCACGCGUAGCUGGCGCACUGUCUUUCGCCAUGUAUCGAAACACGUAGGCGUGGGCAUCAUCUGCUCCGUCGCCUACUUCGAUCCAGGUAACUGGAGCGUCGAUCUCCAGGCCGGCUCCCUGUUUGGCUACAGGCCGAUGCUAUUUGUCGUGCUCAUGGCCGGACUUGGUGCGAUGGUUCUCCAGUCUCUAGCCUUCAAGCUAGGCUGCGUUACUGGUCGAGAUUUGGCCUCGCACUGUCGCCUUCUUCUCUACGACCGCCCUAAACAUAAGCGCCUUAUUCGCUAUGGCGUCCUAUACCCACUCUACGUGCUCUCCGAGGUGGCGAUAGUGAGCACUGACCUGGCGGAACUGCUCGGGUCCGCCAUAGGUCUUUGCCUGAUAUUCCCGUCAAUUCCCCUUUGGGCGGCGGUUCUCAUUACUGCCUCCGACGUGUUGAUUUUCUUGAUUCUCGGGGAUCCUUCCCGUGGUCAAGGUCGCCCUGUAAAGAUCUUCGAAUACACCGUUAUAGCGCUAGUUGCUGCUGUCUUUAUCUGUUUCCUCGUGCUCCUCGCAAGAGUGGGCCCAAAUUGGGGACAGACGUUUUUGGGGUUCAUCCCCGAUAGCGGUUUAUUCCAGACACAGCCUGAUGCCCUGUACACUGCUGUCGGGAUCCUGGGUGCUACCGUAAUGCCGCACGCCCUGUUCCUCGGGUCGUACCUUGCCACGCAGGACCGUAUUGCCCCAGCGCCGGUACUUCCAACCCCCGUGUCCGCCGCCCCCACCGACCUGAGGACCAAAGUCCGGACCUGGUUCUCAUCCAUCUUCACCAUCUCUCGCGCCGAACGUAUCGCAGCGUCGCGAGACUAUCGCGACAAGUAUGACCGUCGUAAUAACGAGCUCAGCUUUGUUCGCGCACAUCUGUCCCACGGCCUCGUAGAUGUGAUUGUGAGCCUGUUGGCUGUUGCUGUGCCAAUAAAUUCCGCCAUCCUCGUCAUUGCUGCGGCGGUCUUCUUCGACAAAGAUGGCUCAUCAGCAUCCACGCCCCCUGCCGGCCUCUUCGACGCGCACGAUCUGAUCAAGGCGCACAUUGGAACAGCCGCGGCAUUCAUUUUCGCACUCGCACUGCUCUGCGCAGGCCAAACGGCAAGCAUUACAGCCACACUUGCAGGCCAGAUUGUCUCCGAGGGCUUCAUCGAAUGGCGCGUGUCGCCGUUCCUCCGGCGCAUUAUCACCCGGCUCAUCGGGCUGAUCCCCUCCGUCGUCGUCGCGAUAGCUGUCGGAAAACGGGGCAUCGACACGCUGCUGGUCGCGUCGCAGGUCGCGCUCGCGAUAGUGCUCCCAUUCGUCGCCGCACCUCUCAUCCUCCUCACCUCAUCAAAAGCGGUGAUGUCCGUGCGCCGUCCAUUACCGGACGUACGAACCCCCGCCGCCGACGAGCUGUCGCUAGGCACGACGGGCACGCAGACACAGCCCGAGCUUCUUCUGUCAGACGGGUCCUCGGAUCGCAUCGAGGAGAUUCCGCAUACGCCAGAAGAGGACGCGCUUCCGUGCUCCCUGGACGACGAGAAGGCGGGCGCGGUGGCGGUGACGGAAAAGGAGGUCGGGGCGCAGCGGACACAGGACGUGGCGGAGGACGCGUCGGUGUCGGCGCUCGACGAGGACGGGUACAUCUCGUUCGCGAACCACUGGGCCGUGACCGCGAUUUCGACCGUCAUCUUCCUCAUCAUCCUCGCCGCGAACGUGUACGCGAUCGUGAUGCUCGCGCUGGGCAAGGCGGGAUGAGGGGCCCGUCCUACUGCAUACCCGCUAGCGCUCUACGUAGACGUCGUCGUGACUCGUCUGUUCAGCGGCGGUGGAAGUUCCGAAGAAGAUGGGAGACGGACGCAUGCAUAAUUUAUCUCUCCGACUCGGACCUUGCUGUGCCUCACAGAGCUAAACAAUGAUCCGCAUCCACAAAUUGAAACUUACGCGCG